AUGCUCAGUUGUUAUUAUUAUUUAGGAUAUAAGGUGCAGAAUGAGCACGGAUUACUCUCGGUUAAUUUGCCUGAUACUCUGUCUAUGGAAUUUCCUACAGAAAUGUGCAAUUUAUUCUUACGUAAUCAAAUUUUGUUGAAGAAAUACGGCAUAAGUUUAGGAUCAUUAAAGGAGAACACACUAUUAAUACGCACAGUACCGCAAUGUUUGGUUAUAAAUAAUAAUCCCUACAAUAGAGAAAAAAUAUUGCCAAAAAUCUGUGGUUUAUUAAACGAUGUAAUAAAGAAUUGUAAUACAAGUCAAACGAACGCAUUACCGUUAACAAUUCAUAAUGCUAUAGCAUUUGAGGCUUGUCAUGGUGCUAUUAAAUUCGGCGAUAGGCUAACUUUGGAGGAGUGUACGAAUCUUAUACAAUUAUUGAAGAAUACAAAGUUCCCCAAUCGAUGCGCCCACGGACGACCGACUAUAAUACCAGUGAUAGAAUUUUCGGAAUUAGAAAAAAGGAGCACUAAGAUACCUAAGGUAAGCAUUAAAAUUUUUCCCUUUCGAUUUAUUGUAGGAAAUAUAAAUUUAAAUGAUCCAUGAGAAAAAGACAGAUCUCACUUGUUUUCUUUUUCACUAAUACAAGUUUAUACAUAAAUGAAUAAAAGCAUAAAAUUCGCCUUA